CUUCCUUUUCCUCUUUUGUCAUUCCUUGAGUUGAGAGCAAACUGUUCAGAACAAGAGGAUGGCACGUGAAAAUAACUGAUAUUACUUUGAAGCUCAAAUACGUGUAUUUGUUUUUUUCUGUUGAGUGGGACACAAGAAACCGUUGAGGUUAUCGUGUGGAAACUAUGUAUUGUAAAUUAGGCAUGUUGCCUUGUGAGGACAUCUAUUGCGUAUGUUCAUAGGACCUCUGACUUCGUUGGCCGUUGGGUUUGAAGUGAAGAAGACAACACCAGCUCAUGCUGUGAACCAGCUCAUUGUAAACUUUGAUUAAAGUGACGACAGCAUUAUAUCUAGAAGUGCUCGAGACCCUUUUACCAUCCUGUAACCAUCCAUUGCCACACUCAUAGACUGAAGAUAAAUUCCAGCAACGCUGACCAUGAGAGCGGAGAGCUUAUUUCUAGUAUUGCAAUGCCUAUUGGGAUUUGUGCACUAUACCGAAGCAUUGUCAACAUGCAAUCCUUUAGACCUGGAACUGAUAAAGAGAAAGCGCAUUGAAGCCAUUAGAGGACAAAUACUGAGCAAGCUACGACUGCCUAAGGAACCAGAAGUAGAUGAGGAAAAGGAUUUAGAAAACAUCCCAGUAGAACUGAUCUCAGUGUAUAACAGCACUGUCGAGCUAAGCCAGGAGCAGGCGGCAAAUCCUGUACAGCAGAAUGUAGAAGAUCCUAAUGAGAAGGGAUACUAUGCUAAAGAGGUUCACAAGUUCACAAUGAAACCGAUGAGGGAAAACCCAGACAGGUUGAUAUGGUUCAACAUCACCGAUAUAAAGCACAAAUUGGGUUCGAACUCCAUGCUCUCCCAGGCGGAGCUCCGUUUGCGCAUCAAGGAGCCUACCAUACGUAAUUCAGAGCAGAGGGUAGAGCUGUACCAGGACACUAUGGAAAAGGCUCGCUACCUGAAUUCACGCUUCAUUACCAAUCAAAUGGCUGGCAAGUGGGUGUCAUUUGAUGUGACGUCGACCUUACAGGACUGGCUGCAGAAGACGGAGGCGGAGCAAGGCUUUCAGUUGAAGGCGCCCUGUAAUUGUAAAUCUGAGGAUCUUGAUUUCAAAAUAGCAGGUUUAUCUUCAUCACCAAGAGGUGACAAAGGCCCCUUAGCAGAACAAGAGCCAAAGCCCCACAUCUUGGUAAUGUCUCUUCCAGCUGACGGCCACAGCUCAGCAAAAUCUCGCCAAAAACGGCAAACUGAUGCAGUUUGUACAGAAAAGUCUGAGGGCUGCUGUGUGAGGAGCCUGUACAUAGACUUCCGCAAAGACCUGGGCUGGAAGUGGAUACAUGAACCUUCUGGUUACAAUGCCAACUAUUGCACUGGCUCUUGCUCUUACGUCUGGACUUCAGAAAACAAAUACUCACAGGUUCUUGCACUGUAUAGGCAUCAUAAUCCUGGUGCAUCUGCUCAACCCUGCUGCGUUCCUCAGGUUCUAGAGCCGCUGACCAUCCUUUACUAUGUGGGGCGACUACAUAAGGUAGAACAGCUGUCAAAUAUGAUUGUGAAGACUUGCAAGUGUUGCUGAAAGUGUCGUUUCCGUUCGGUCCUGAUCUUGAGGCCCAGUAUUUUCUGAGGGGAACUAUUUUAUUCCUGAUCUUUUUUUUUUUAUCAACUUGUUAUGUUUUUCUUGUCUCCACUGUAUCACAUGCCAUUGUAGUAUUGCUUGUUUUGUUUUGUACUGUACAUUUAUGUUUUGAAUAACAUUCAGAAGUGGACAUAUUCAUUGUUUGAUAUAGAUGCCUAAAGAUGCCUUGUGAAUGAACAUUUUCACCACAGUUUAGGUGUAGGUUUUAAAUUGUUUUAUUUAACAUUAAACCACCUGUCUUUUUUUCUGAAACAUCUGAAUAAAAAAAAUCAGAUGAAAACUGUUGGACACGUGUUUACUGUACAGACUGAAUAAUGAAUAAAUGAUAUUUCUCUCAGCUCUGUUUUCAGAAGAUUCUGUUCUUCCAGGUCAACAAUAAGCAUUGCUUUAACUCGUUGUUCUCAUGCCUGGACUUCAUUUAUGCCUAUAGUUAUGCUGUUGAUGGCGAAAAAAACAAAACAUCUUUGUUUUUAAAUAAGUGCUUGCAAAUUAUUUUUAUAACUUAUUUUAGUUUUUUAAUGAAUCCUUUUAAAACACUGCUUUAAUAUCAUUAGCACAUAAACUAAGCAAUGUUGCUAAAAUGUAGCAAAAUUAUUCUUUUUUAGAGCCAGGGCCCUUGGUGUAACUUUAUUGCUUUAUAAUUGUGAUCACCCUUCAAUGUUUUUUAAUGUAUGCUGUUUUUCCCCGUCUCCACAUUUGUUACAGGUGUUCAGGAAAGGCAAUUUCCUGCCAGCUAUUUUGUUGUGGCUUCAGAGCUGGCAAGGCUUUUGUUGUUUGAUUUUAUAAAGGAAGGGAAUUAAAAGUGGUAUGUUUAUAUGCCGUAUAUAAAAUGCUGGCAUGUUUGUACGCAGCAUUUUAUUCAAUGAUCUUUACUAAAAAUAUAAUAGAAUAACAGUUGACUACAAUUAAUUAUCUUGUU